AUGUCUCACUCGAUUGCUCGCGUUCUCCUUUCUGGUCUUCUUGCAGUCUCUUCGUGUUCUCAUGCGUAUCUAUUACCUCGACAAGACACCGAGGCGUGCACCUCGCUGAACCAGAGAAAAUCAUGGACUGCCCUGACUACCGAAGAGAAGCAGGCUUACAUCGAGGCUGAGCUCUGCCUCAUCAACUCGCCUCCAAAGACCGGCACAAUUGAAGGUGCCAUAACGCGGUGGGAUGAGCUUCACUACUCGCAUAUAGUACAGACAAAUGUGGUCCACGACACUGGUUCUUUCCUGCCUUGGCACCGGCUUUACAUGCGGGCACACGAAAUUCUCUUGCAAACCGAGUGUAACUAUACAGGGGCUCAGCCGUACUGGGAUGAGCUGUCAACUACUGAGGACAUAGCCGCUGGUAUUGCAUUCAACGAGUCUGCGUUGUUUGAUCCUGACUCUGGAUUUGGCGGCACUGGGACCGGCGAUGAUCUUUGUGUGACAGACGGCCCAUUUGCCAAUCUGACCCUGCACAUGAAUCGGACAAGUAACUACGCCGAUUACUGUCUUAGCCGAGACUUUAGUCCGACGUCCAUUCAGAAUGGCAACAGCACUUAUGUGGACGCAUGUUUCGCGUCUUCCAACUACUCCGAAGCCUGGCAAUGCUACAAGUCCAAGCCGCACACCGCUGGCCACGCAGCCAUAGGCGGAACGAUGCUCGACGGUUCGGGAAGCCCUGGAGAUCCACUGUUCUUCCUACACCACACCAAUCUCGAUCGGCUCUGGUGGGAAUGGCAGCAGGUCAACUUGACGGCUCGGCUGACAGAUAUGACUGGCCGCAAUGUGCCUCUCGCAAACUUUCUUAUCACAAACGAGGUUCCAUACCCUAGUGCUGCGGUACUGGACUACGAUGGAGAUCCGGGCAACACGACGACUCUCAACCAUACGCUUUGGAUGGUUGGAAUCAUCCCAAAUGCUACCAUUGCGGAGGUGAUGGACCUUGGUGGUGAUCUUAUUUGCGCUGAGUAUAUUUGA